AUGGCGAGUGCGAACCCGGCGGUGGCGGAGGCGGAGGUGGAGGCGGAGGCGUCGGUGCGGCGGGACGAGCUGUCGGAGUCGCUGGCUGAGCUCUUCACCAACGUCUCCCUCAUGGUCCGCGGCGAGCUCCAGGGGACUAACAAUCAGCUGGCUCUGCUUGAGAAGAUGAAUGACCGUGUAGCACAGGAAUACAGCAACUAUGGUGACAUUGCCGCCGGUCUGCGAGUCUUUGUAGAGCAGCUGAACGAGAAAAACCGAGGCUUCGACGAUUACGUGUCGCAGAUCGAUGCGAUAGACCAACAGGUGACUGAGUUUGAGGCAGUGGUGUCCAUGCUCGACAAGCACGUUGCCCUCUUGGAAAAGAAAGUAAAAUCGGCCUAUCACAUUUCUGCUACCCAAUGA